GAGGAGUAUCGACGGGCCCUAGAAUAUUUUGGUCUUGAGACCACUAUUUAAGAGCAACCCUAAAACUCACAACUCUCGACUGUCGCCGCUGCUCGAAAGCUCAGCUCCUCGAGAAGAAGAAGAAUGUCGCACAGGAAGUUUGAGCACCCCAGACAUGGAUCCCUUGGAUUUCUCCCAAGGAAGCGAGCCGCCCGUCACAGAGGAAAAGUGAAGGCUUUCCCCAAGGAUGACCCAUCCAAGCCCUGCAAGCUUACGGCUUUUCUUGGUUACAAGGCUGGGAUGACUCACAUCGUCAGGGAUGUCGAGAAGCCUGGCUCAAAGCUUCACAAGAAGGAGACUUGCGAGGCUGUGACCAUCAUCGAGGUGCCUCCAAUGGUGGUUGUGGGCGUUGUGGGUUAUGUCAAGACACCCCGUGGCCUUCGUUCCUUGAACACUGUGUGGGCUCAGCAUCUCAGUGAGGAGGUUAAGAGGAGGUUCUACAAGAACUGGUGCAAGUCCAAGAAGAAGGCCUUCGCGAAAUACUCCAAGACGUAUGACACUGAUGAAGGAAAGAAGAACAUUGAAGGACAGUUUGAGAAAUUGAUUAAAUAUUCUACUGUUAUUCGUGUUUUGGCUCACACUCAGAUUCGCAAGAUGAAGGGAUUGAAGCAGAAGAAAGCUCAUCUUAUGGAGAUCCAGGUUAAUGGUGGCACCAUUGCUCAGAAGGUUGAAUUUGCAAAAAGCUUUUUUGAGAAGCAAAUCCCUAUUGAUGCUGUUUUCCAGAAAGAUGAGAUGAUUGAUAUCAUUGGUGUAACAAAGGGUAAAGGUUAUGAAGGUGUAGUUACUCGUUGGGGUGUAACCCGUCUUCCUCGUAAGACUCAUAGGGGUCUUCGUAAGGUCGCCUGUAUUGGUGCCUGGCAUCCUGCUAGAGUCUCAUUUACAGUUGCGAGGGCUGGUCAGAAUGGAUACCAUCACCGUACUGAAAUGAACAAGAAAAUAUACAAGCUUGGAAAGGCUGGACAAGAGUCUCACACUGCUGUCACUGAGUUUGACAGGACUGAGAAAGACAUCACUCCAAUUGGUGGCUUCCCCCAUUAUGGUGUGGUAAAAGAUGACUAUAUUCUAAUCAAGGGAUGCUGUGUUGGACCCAAGAAGAGGGUUGUUACCCUUCGCCAGUCCCUGCUCAAGCAGACAUCUCGUCUUGCUCUCGAGGAUAUCAAGCUGAAGUUCAUCGAUACUUCCUCAAAGUUCGGGCAUGGUCGCUUCCAGACUACACAGGAGAAACAGAAGUACUAUGGACGACUCAAGGCAUAAAGUCGGCUAUCCAAGGCUUAGCUUUUACUUCUAUAUGCCAGUGGUUUUGCUGUUUUUCAUUGAAAGUACCAAGGAUUUUAGACUAGAUAUGAAGGUUCAAUUUGUAGCUGAUAUUUCAAUAUUCCAACGUCUCCAAUUCAAUACUCAAAUUUAGUCUUUCCUU